GCCGCCAUGGUGGCGCGGGCGCUGUGGGUGCUGCUGGCGGCGCUGCGGGCGGGCUGGUGCCUCCUGCCGCAGAGCGGGUACCUGCACCCCGACGAGUUCUUCCAGGCACCCGAGGUCAUGGCAGGAGAUAUUUUAAAUCUACAGGUCUAUUAUCCAUGGGAGUUCCUUUCCAACUCUCCUUGCAGAACAGUUGUUUUCCCAUUAAUGACAUCAGGAGUUACGUACUGGGUGAUCAAGUCUUUGCAGCAGUUGGACAUAUGUUCAAGUUGCAUCAACAGCUACACUCUCCUUGUAUCUCCUCGCCUGCUCUUUACAAUCUUUUCUUUCAUACUCGACUAUAGUGUUUAUCGAUUGGCCCCUUUCUGGGGAGCAGAUCCGUGGAAAGCGCUGGUACUUCUUGCUGGAUCCUAUGUCACGCUAGUGUUUUAUACAAGAACAUUUACCAACACACUCGAAGGACUUCUAUUUGCUCUUCUCAUGGUACUGGUUUCUUCAAGGAAGUCCAGUGGCCGCUCAGCAGAGCCUACAAGCAGCUCUCUCAUAGGUGUCAUAACAUCUGCUGGGUUUUUCAACAGGCCAACCUUUCUGGCAUUUGCGCUAAUGCCUCUGCUUUACUGGGCCGGUUUAAUUGUUGACUCUCAAAAGAGCAUUAAAACUCUCAUAAACCACUUCUUGAAGUUUAUCCUAUGUGCAUGUUUUACUGCUUUUGUUUUCAUAACUGCUGACACCUUCUAUUUUACCUCCAUGAGCUUAGACAACCUCUACAGCACUAACAAGAGCAGCCUAAUUGAUGUAAUCGUUCAAUUACAUGACAAAAUGGUAGUAACCCCUUUCAAUUUUCUCAGCUAUAAUCUUAAUCCUCAUAAUCUUGCACUGCAUGGAAGUCACCCACGAGUUACACAUUUUACAGUCAAUGGAGUAAUGCUGUUUGGUAUCUUACAUAUUCUGGCCAUCGGUGCUGGCUUUAAAAUGCUAAAGAAAUAUGUCCACCAGUUAGUGCUGGUCAGAUGGUGUUGCCGUGGGCUGCCUGGGCUCUUGGUGCAUUCCGAGGGCAGUCCAACGUUGCUGCUGUUUUAUUUUGUUCCUUUGGCAUUUCUCUCCCUGUUCAGUCACCAGGAGCCUCGGUUUCUCAUCCCUCUCAUCCUGCCGUUGGUCCUGUUCAGCGCCUCACCAAACAGAGCUGUGAAAUGGAAACUCCUCGUUGUUCUGUUCAACCUUCUGGGGGCACUUCUGUUCGGGUGCUUGCACCAGGGAGGGCUCAUUCCCUGUUUGUUUCACUUGGAGCAGCUCAUCCAUUCUCCAGCGUCCUCAAGCCAUCCGCGGCACUACACUCUGCUCUUUGCACACACCUACAUGCCUCCAAGGUCUCUGCUCAAUAUCAAGAAGACAGACAUGCAUGUGGAAGUCAUUGACAUGGCUGGCGCUGGAGAAGCAGCCUUCUGCCAGACAGUACAGCAGCAGGCAAGCAAUUUUACCUGCAGUGACUGUCACAUCUUUAUUAUAAUCCCUGGUACUGUCAGAGCCACAAUUACAAAAUGUGGUGUCUCAUUCAAGAACGAGACUUUGAUAUUUCCUCACUUAUCAAUGGAAGACCCACCACAAAUACCUGUCCUAGCCAGUGGAAAUUGGAGGAGUCAGUUAGGACUUUACAUCCUUGAGCUAAACAGUGAUCAUCAGAGCCUUUAGAUUUUAGGAGAACACAGCUUUAGUCCUUUACUUCAUUUGAGAACUGUCUGAUGGUGGUGUGAGACCUUCCUCUUUCAUACACCUCCCUUUCAGCAUCAGCAGCGGCACUGGGAGCUCUCCCAUAUCUCUUUACUCCCGUUCCUCACACUCUUAGGGUAGCCAGUUCUGGACAGAAUCUGCUUAAAAUUUGACUUACUCAACCUGGUGGUAUUUCAUACGAACUUUUGUAAUUCUCCUGAUGAGAGAGGAUGAAUUCAGAGCCCACCAAAACUGGGAUUGAAGCUUAGCUACUUCCAUGUGAGGUUUAUUUUUGAAAGCUCUAAUAAUCUGGCAGGGUUUGGGGACUGUGGGGUGUUUACUGAUAAGAGGCAUUAAUUCAGCUGCUGGAGAGAGGUUACAGUAUUAGACAAAAGCUGGUCUGACUCGGUAAUCUUUUAUUUUAUGUUCUUAAAAAUUCAUUAGACCAGACUGCAGUCACCACUGCCUUGGGUGGGUCUGUCUUGAAAAAUCCCCAGCACUGAUCUGGCAGAAUCUGAUUUAGAACAUGGAGGAUGCUUCAGCCUAAAUACUUGUGCUAAAUCCUAAAAUCCAAGCUUUGCUUGUUUAGCCUUCCUUGCCACAGUUCCAUCCUCGUGAAUGUGCUACCCACGUACCGCC